AUGAAAAAAAUAAACAAUAAUAAAAUUUUUGUUUUAUUUUUGACAAUAUUAUUAUAUUUAUUAAAUAUUACAACUGCGCAAAAGCCAGUGUCAAUAAAUAUAAAGAUAUUUGAUCAAUUACCUUUAUAUAAUGAUAAUUUUGGUUCACAAUCAAGAGCAGCAACCAUUAAGAGUAUGGUUGCAACAUCAUUAAAUACAACAUUUAAAACUCCAAGUUUAGGAUCAGCCACCUCAAGCUUACCAUCACCACAAUUAUUCCAAUAUUGGUUUCAAUCAAAUUUUGCCAAUGAAACAAAAAACUCUGGUUUAAAUGCCCCAUUAACAAGAACAAUUACCUUAAACUAUGAUUCUGACAGUGGUAAUUAUAUUUUCAACAAUCCAAAUUUCUUUUUAAUUGAUACAGAUGGAUUCGAUAAAACAGCAUCAAAUCGUAUUUAUAAAGAUUCAACUGGUACAUAUCAUAAUUACCAUUAUUGUGUUGCCUUUAAUUAUGUUUUUAAACCAGACGGCCAAGGAAAAGAAAUGUUUAAAUUCACUGGUAAUGAUGAUGUUUGGGUAUUUGUAAACAAUAAAUUAUUAUUAGAUGGCGGUGGUGUUCGUUCACCAGAGGCAACAACAGUUGAUUUCACAAAAGCUGGACUUGUUAAAAGUCAAGAAACUCCAUUAGAUUUCUUUUAUUGCGAACGUAGUACAAACUCUCCUCCAUCAUUUAAAAUUGAAACUAAUCUUGGCGGAUUAUAUUGUAAAGCUUAUGAUUAUUGCGGUGUUUGUAAUGGUGAUGGUGGUACAUGUUGUAAUCCACAAACAGAUUGUUUAACUCAAUUAGAAAAUGGUACAUUAAUUAAUGAUAAAUGUACAAUACCAAUUUGCCCACCUUUAGAUACACAAAUUGAUAAAAAUCUUGGUAUUGGUUUCUUCUGUCAACAUUCUCAAAUUCCAGAUCCAUAUGCUGGAAGUUUAUGUGAAAAGGGAGAAUGUGAUUCAUUAACUGGUAUUUGGACUAGAAAUACAAGUAUUUGUCCAACUGAUAAGGAUCUUGCACCACAAUGUAGAAAACAAGCUACAUGUGAUCCAAAAUUAGGUUGUCAAUCAACUUACUUAUGUAACAAUGUUUGUGAUAUUGGUACAUGUAACAAUGGAACUUGUACCCAAAAGACAUCGAAUGAUUGUGUCCAAGAGUUGGAUCGUGGUGUUGAAGAUAAAUGUUUCACUUAUAAAUGUGUUCCAAAUGUUGGUUGUUCCAAAACUCCAAUUUGUCCAAGAGGUACUGAUCCAUGUAAAAACUAUACCUGUUCUGGAGGUAUUUGUGGAACUGUUGAUAUUCCUCAAAGUGAAUGCAGUUGUCCUUGCCCAGGUUUAAACAAAUGUAAUACCAGAAUUUGUAAUCCAGAUAAUACUUGCACUCUUUUCAAUCUCACUGAGAUUAACGAUGGUAACCCAUGUACUGAUGAUUUAUGUGACCCAGUCACCGGUGACAUCACUCAUGUUAUGACCACUAGAUGUUCAGGUUGUAACACUUGUGAUGUUAAGACUGGUAAAUGUGUAGCUCAAGAUUCUCAUUGUGAUGAUGGUAAUCCAUGUACUGAUAAUGCUUGUGUCGCUUCAGCUAAUAGUACCGCCAAUAGCCAAGUUGGUCAAUGCACUCAAACUCCAACUGCUAAAUGUGAUUUGGGUGAUAAAUGUAUGGUUUACAGUUGUACCUUGGAAGGUGGUUGUAAUGCAACUCAACGUGUUUGUCCAAACUCUGGUGCUUGUAAAAUUGGUUAUUGUGAACCUGGUUUCGGUUGUAAAUUAAAGGAUAGAGUUUGUUCUUCCGAUUGGUAUUGUAUUGAAGCUCAAUGUGAUGCAAAAUAUGGUUGCAUUCAAUUCGAUAGAAGAUGUGCUCCUGAUAAUAGUAAAUGUCAAGAAGGUGUCUGUGUAAACAAUACUGCUAUCGGUAAAAAUGAUGGAAAAUGUAUUUCUGAAGAUUAUGAUCCAAAACCAUUUGUUUGUCAAAAAGCUGCUUUAGUUUCAACUGCUGUUAUUGCAAGUGUUGUUGUAGUUGGUGCUGUUGUUUUAGGUGCUGCUAUAUUUGCGGGUAAGAAAGGUUAUGAUGCUUGGAAAACAAGUCAAGGAAAUGUUAUGGCAGCUUCACAAGCUAAUCCAUUAUAUACUCAAUCAAGUAAUGGAGGUGAAAAUCCACUCUAUAACUCACCAACAUAA